CACAUGUGCACUUUAUUCCAUCUAGAAACAUUUGUUCUUCCUGGAACUUUGGGAAUUCUGUUUCAUAAAAGACAAGCACCGGUAUGUAAACACCUAGACCAUCAACAGCAUCCGCCCACUCGCGUAGCACAGGACCGCACCACAGCGCGAGAGACUGGACGAGCGGGGCGCGCGGCGCAUCCGGCAUGACGACACGCGCGAGUCCCCGCCCGGCAAACGUCACUUCCGGGACGCUUCUUUCGCGGAGCCUUGUGGGUGGCCGGUCGGGGUCUUCUGGCGAGGACGAUGGCGGGGGAUGUGGGCGGUCGCGGCUGCCCUGAUUCGGAGCUGUUGUUGCACCCAGAGCUGCUGUCCCAAGAGUUCCUUCUUCUCACUCUGGAGCAGAAGAACAUAGCUGUUGAGAAUGAUGUUAAAAUAAACAAAGAUGAUCUUACUGAACUUUAUGUUCAACAUGCGAUACCAUUGCCUCAGAGGGAUUUGCCAAAGAAUAGAUGGGGAAAAAUGAUGGAGAAGAAAAGACAACAUGAGAUAAAAAAUGAGAUGAAAAGGAGUAACACUGUAGAUGGGUUAAGGAAAAGACCUCUCAUUGUAUUUGAUGGCAGUUCAACAAGCACAAGCAUAAAAGUGAAAAAGACAGAAAAUGGAGAUAAUGAUCGACUAAAGCCCCCCCCUCAGAACCAUGACUUAACGCAUAGGAAAAGUCCUUCCGGCCCUGUAAAGUCACCACCACUGUCCCCUGUUGGAACUACUCCCGUGAAGUUAAAGCGAGCUGCUCCUAAAGAAGAAGCAGAAACCAUGAAUAAUCUGAAGCCCCCAGAAGCAAAGAGGAAGAUACAACAUGUUACGUGGCCAUGAAGGAAAGUUUCCAAAAAUGUAAAUAUAAUUGUAACUGUAGUUUUUCAGACAGGUUCACAUUUAUUGACAGUAUUUAAUGAGAUCCUGAUUAUUGUGGAAUUUUCUUAAGAGGUUUAAAAUUAGGUUCAUAAAAUAUAUUGUUUCCUUUUCUUUCUUUCAUUUUUCCUUUCUUCCUUGAAAAUUCUUUCUUCUCCUUCCCUGAAUAGGAAAGAAUUUCUUUGUGAACUAAUGACUUAGUAUAAGUCAUUUUAUAUUGUUCCUAGUCAAAUCACUAGCUGCAAGUCUGGUAUAGAACAUCCAGUUAAUUUUAGAAAUUAUUCUCAUUAGUCUCUUUCAGAGUCUAGGGAAAUUUGAGAUUAAAAAAAAACGACAAACUGUAUCAAUUCACUAUUUUAAUUAAUUUCUUUUCCCAAGCAAACAUAUGUAACAGUGCAUCACAAUAUUUUAAUAAGUAUUGCCAAACUCAUCCUCAAGGAUUCACCAAGAAAAGCAUUUUUUAAGUGCCACUGGAAAACUAAUCAGAAUAUACAAAUCAAUUGCUAGUCUUUAAGUGCUUGCAUUGCUUCUUCCCAAGAAAAUCAAAAGGGAAUUCAUUGCUUGCUGUUGCUCCUCCUCUUGCAUUGGUAGCAGAAUAAAUUCAUUGUGAAUCGCUUGGUCAGUUUCACACUUGAUCCAUCUUUUUGAAUUUUCUUGUCAUGCAGUUGUCCUACCUACUCCUUCCGUGAGCAGUCUGUGAUCUCACUGUGCGUUCAGGUAUCGCUCCCUCUUAGGAGCUCAUCUUUUUAAAAUUAAGGUUAUUUAAGUAUCUUCAGGCUAGGUAAUCAUGUUAGAGGUGGUACCUGAUGGCAGAAAGUUUAGAGAAUAGGAAGAAAGGAGUAGAAUUCCAGGACUUAGGAGAAUCCAGGAAGUUACAGAGGGUGUUGAUGGCUGUGAUCUGUAGUAGGCAGUAGAGGAGAUGCUAAAGUCAGGACAUCACUUCGGAGUACAGCAUAGGAAAAACAUACCCAUUGCCAGAUGGGGUUCCCUCUGGGUUUAAUAUAGACGGCUUCCCACAGGGCUGUCACACACAGGAUUAUCUGUGAAAGCCUUUUGGUUUUUUUGUUGUUGUUGUUGUUGUUAAAGUGGUUUAAUGUAUAAUGGAGGUCUGUGAGAAGAUAGGCUUUAUCUCAUAUUCAUGAGUUCUAGUGUGAACUUUUCUGCUAUAUAUUUCUAUCCAAGAACAAAGGAUACUUUAUACUUUUUCCUUUGCAUGAUUGAUCUUCAAAUUGGGGUUUGCCUUUUUCAAUAGUUUUUAGAGGAGUCUUAUUCCUCUUCUGAUGUUAAAACAGGCAUUUGAGUUCAGCUAUUGAACAGCCUUAAAAAAAUUAAUUCAGCCUUGCAGGUAAGUACUAAAACUUUAAUCUACAGUUUUUAACCAUUCUGCCUUUAUUCCAGACUAUAAAUCUGUACACAUAAGACAGAAUUGUCACAUCCUAAGUAUUGCAUAAAUUGUUGAUCUUAAAUACAUAGUUAUCUGCAGGGCUGAUACAUGUAAUAUCGUUAAUGGGCAACUGUUUUUCUAUACGUAAAUAGAUACUAAGGGAGUUUGUAAAAGUGCAGAUUUUAGGGUAGAAUGACAAAUAUACAUUUUAUACUCAGUUGUCCCCUCUGCUUCCACCUGCAUUUCUCUCUUAGUUAAGAGAGAGUUAGCCAUUUGACAAUUUUAAGUCAGUGGAAACUUAUUUUUAGUUACUCAAUAAGAUUAAUUUUUAAUUUGUGUAUUUAACUUACAGAGUAGGUUGGUAAUAACAGCUGAACUGUGUAACAUUGUUGCUUCAAAUUGAAGUUUAUAUUAUGAAUAUUCAGGAUCAGUGCUCAUAUAGCAGCAUAUUUUUGGGCUAUUUUGAGUUUGAAAUGUGGAGAAGUGCUAAACCAUGUACCAUGUAUUAUAUCAUCUUAUAGAAGCUGUGCCUUCUGAAGGUAUAUAGAUGCAUCUUGUCUUGAAAUGUCUUUCUCCACAUAAGGAAGCAUGCUGAAUGAUGGGAUUCUGGGGCAGAAAUGUUGGAAAUCUUAUGUUUUGAAAUGUUGCCUUACUGUGUUAAAAGAUUAGAAGGACUUGAUUUGAAUGGCAUAUAACUUUGGAAUACCCUUUACCCCCUAACACAGGUGGUUACUAUUGUUGCUCUCAUUCUGUGUUCCAGUAAGGCUAGAUAAUUCUUAUUGGAAUAGGCAAAUUAAUAGCAUUAGAACCAGUGGGGUGACUUCUGGGGACAGGCACUUUACUACUUCCUGCCAUUGGCAGGUUGUCUUCGUUCUUUUUCUCCCUCUUUGUUCCUUGUUUUCCUUUUUCUUAUCCUCCUUUCCCAUAUUUUUGAUUUCUUUACUUCCAGUCUCCUUCCUCCUUUCUGUAGACACUAAGCUUUAGUCUUAGGUUUGCGAGUCGUAUUGCUUGGUCCUACUCACUGAGGAAUGAAGACAGACUGACCCCUAAUUUUUUAGGUUUGGGGGAUCAUAGACUGCUGCGUGAAUUCUGGAAGUCUCAGGACUCUGCAGCACCAGAGCACUAAAUUGCUUCCCAAUGGCUAUAAAGGCAGUACAGUUUUCCAAAAUAGCUUUAUUAAUCUAGAGAGCUACCAGGCACUUAAGAAAGGUGGUGCAGCUAAUACCACGAUACCAUAAUGAGACCAUAAUGUAUUUGCUAGUUUUAAAAUUCUUCAGAAUUGUAAUUAUUUGAAAUAAUAUUUGGUUGACUUAAGUUUGGGGAACGAUUCUAAAAAUGAUCUAGAGACUCAUUCAGUAGCAGUGAUCUUUUUAAAACUUACAUUAAGUAAAACUGCCAAUAGAUUAAAUCAUAUGUAUGUAAGAGCUUCCUCUAUUUACUACUGUGGAACUUCAGUAAUUUUUAGAGGCUAAAAAAUGGUCAAAAUGUUUUUAAGUGUGCUCUUUUAUUCAAUGCCUGUGCAGGUUUUGUACUUACGUACAGAAAAGUUUAACCUUGUAAUGUACAUUUUUUGUAUGUAAAAAGUCUUUUAAGUAGCCUUAUCCUUAUUUAAAUAAACUAAAUAAAAAUGA